AAUAUGGUCGUUUCAGUGUGUAGACAAUUAUGAUGGCGAGCGGUCGGCGGAGUAGUUGAUGGGCUGAGCUUCCUCUGUAUUUUUGGGAUAAAAUCCAUAUUUUUAAAGUUGAUCUUUAUUAUAGAAAGUUCCUUUAGUUAUAAUAUAUCAUAAUGUCUGAUUCUGAUGAAUUCGGCGAAACAAUAGAGGAGUUAAAUGUAACUGUGGUUCGAUUGAGAGGCGAACUUGAUCAAGCCCAACGAGAAAAGAUACAAGCGGCGGAAUAUGGCUUGGUUGUACUGGAGGAGAAACAAUCUAUCAAGGCCCAGCUUGAAGAUUUAGAUAAGCUAUAUGAAACCACAAGGCAGGAACUUAGACAUGCAAAAGAGGCUUUGGAACAUCAUCAACAAUCCCAAAAGAAGCACACUGCCAUAGAAGUGCAUCGAGAAGAGAGCCUUUUACAAGAGUCAGCAACUCGUGAGGCAGAUCUUCUUACCCGCAUUGCUGACCUCGAAUUAGAGGUCAAACAAAGCAAACAGCAAAUAGAACGAUACAAGAGUGAAAAUGAACAUUUCCAUGCAAAGAGUUCUGAUUCUCUAUCUUCUUUUGAGAAAGUUGACAGUCAGCGAAAAGCUGCUCGAGAUGAGGUCAGGGAGUUGAAAUUCAGAGAGACAAGGUUGUUACAAGACUACAGUGAGCUAGAAGAGGAGAACAUUGCUAUGCAAAAGCAGGUGUCCUCCUUAAAGUCAUCCCAAGUUGAGUAUGAAGCACUUAAACAUGAAAACAGGAGGUUGAUAGAGGAUGCAGAAUUCCUAAAUUCUCAAAUUGAAGAUCUUGUUAGGUUAAAAGAAAUUGCCGAGAAACAAGUAGAAGAGACAUUGAAGGUGCUAGAGAGUGAACGUGAACAGAAACAUGCCUUGAAGAAGGAAUUAGAUCAGGCAAUGCUGUCGGAGUUAGAAGCUAUUAAUGAGGAUUUAGAAAACAGGACCAACCUGGGCUCCGAUGAUGAUGAGCCAGCCCACCCUAUCCUGCAGCGAAUGGAAAUUGAAUAUGCUUCACAGGGAAAUGAAAACUCACAUCAAGCUCCAAGUCUUGCCAAUGACCUUUUUAGUGAACUUCAUAGCUCUGAGAUACAGAAGCUUGAAGUGCAAGUCAAAAGACUUCUGAAAGAGAAGUCUGAAUUGAGCAGAACUUUAGAAAGGUCGCAGUCAGAAAUUAGUAAUGGAACGGACCUACAUGAUGGAAAAGUUGAGGUCGAAGAUCUCCCAGAAGAUGUUGACGACAAUCUUCUGAAGGUUCACCAGCUUAUACAACUUGUCCGAAAGUAUGAAUGCAAAUAUAAUGACCUUAAGAAAAGCUUGGAGUCAGAAGAAACAAAUAUUAAGAAUAUUUCAGAUCUUCAGGAGGAAAUCAAAACAUUGACAAUGAAAGAAAUAAAACAGCAAGAGAAUUAUAGAAUAUUGGAGACAAAAUUUAAUGAAAUGAGUGACUCAAUGUCAGAAACACAAGGUCAUUUGGACUGCACACAAGAUGAGCUUGUUAGUGUCAGUGAAGACAUCUCUCAGUUGUACCAACAUGUCUGUGUGGUAAAUGGAGAGAAUCCACAUAGAAUCAUGUUGGAUCAUUUCAAAGCUACUAGACAGAGUCGACGUGAUAGCUUCAGAGCUGAUAUUGCAAGUAGACUGAGGGAGUCCAAACUGGAAGCCUCGGAUUCAGCUAGUAAAAAAGAAAGGAAAAAUUCAGGCGUUAAUUUGAAAGAAGCAGACGAUGCAGUUGGUAAUGGAGACACGGAGUCGAAUGAAUCGUCACAGAAAUCCACAGCUUCCGAUGCAUCCAAACCUGUCAAUGGAUCAACAGAGAAAGUACAUGGUGAUCCAAUUACAUGUCUAAACCUAAUAACCACCGUUAAAGAUCAAAUCAAGUACUUAAAACGUUCGGUUGAGCAUACUGUUGAGGUAUCACGUAAGAGAAAUGAGGAUGGCGGUUCCACCGAGAAUGAAGACCUUCAAGAGCAGGUGGUGAAGCUCAAGUCAUUGUUGACUACCAAACGAGAACAGGUUGCAACUCUGCGUACCGUUUUGAAAGCAAAUAAAACCACUGCUGAAGUUGCAUUGUCAAAUCUCAAGAGCAAAUACCAAAGUGAGAAGCAAAUCAUUGCAGAAACGAUGAUGAAACUACGCGGAGAGUUGAAGGCUCUAAAGGAGGAUGCUGCAACGUUCACCACGUUACGUGCUAUGUUUGCCAGCCGCUGUGAUGAGUACGUCACCCAGUUGGACGAAUACCAACGACAGCUACUCUCAGCGGAGGAAGAGAAGAAGACAUUGAACUCACUGCUCCGAAUGGCAAUCCAGCAAAAACUAGCACUGACUCAGCGCUUGGAGGAUUUAGAGUUCCGCAAUGAGACACAGACUGUCCGCAAACAGACAUCGACUUCAACAUCACGUAAACAUCGGUCUUCCAAAGACUAAAUGUGUGGUAGGUAUGCUUAUGGUUAAUGAUAUAUCUCUUGUGCGUGUGGAGGUGUUCCCUUUGUGAUUGUCAGUUGCGUUGCACAUAAACUAUCCCAUCAUCCACCUGUGUUUAUUACGUGCUGGUGUGUGUAAAUUGCACAUGUGUCCACCAUCACUUGUCUGUGUGCCAGGGUGUAAAUUGUGUUGUGGUUUCGUCCGUUUUGUUCCCUAGCACGAAUAAUAAUGGUUUUAUUUUGUAGGGAAUCUUUUCAAUGUACAGGUAUUAAUACUCACUGAGUUGUUAUUCAUCUAUUUUAACCAAAUCUUUUAACAGAAAUAAUAAAUUUUUUUCUUUUUAUAAAUAAUAAACAUUUCUUUAUAUUUUCUAAUUGUUUAAUUUGGAUGAACUUUGAAAAUACCACAGUCAAUUUAAAUAAACCAUGUCUCCUAGACACUUCCUGAUGCACCACUCUGGGAGGGGGCUGUUGUGGAUAUUCCAAGUGCCCACAGCCCAAAUUCCCUGAUUCUCUAACUAGGCUGGUGGCCAACUGAAUUGCUUAACUUUUGAAUUAAAAUAAUUGACAAACAAAUUAUUGACAAGGUUAAAUAUAUCAAAAUUAAUUUAUUAAGAAAAGUUGAACUAUUUUGUCAAUUUCACAUGGAUUUUGAGUACAGUUUUAACAUUAAUUGAUGGUUCUUCAUCUGUACAUCAGUAAUCCUAAGUGAUUAUAUUAAACUCAUUACAUCCUUAAAUCUUACGGUAAACUGUUGGUUGUUAUCGCUUAUGUAUGCUUCUUAAAUGUUACAGUGUAGGUGGCCGUUCACAGCCUGCAGGUGGCCUAGGAACGAUGAUGAUAUUUAAAUCUCUGCUUGAUAUUUUAACUCUCCAUUACUCACUCUGUUGAAAUAGCAAUGUUGAGUCAUCAGGGGUGUUGCUAUAUUGAUAUUUAAAUAUUUGUUCUGAAAAAUAAAUGGAACUGAAUUUGUUUUUGUUUAAAUAGCUAUAUCAACAUAAUUUUCUCCUGUGAUUUAGUUAUUUUGUUUAAUAAUAACAAUUUUAAAAAGAAAGAAAUUAUAGAAAUAAAUAAUAUUUAUAAUAGAUAAUCAACAUACUGUACAUAAACAAACUUAAUCUACAGUAUAUUUUAUAUUUAUUUAUUUCCCUUUAUUUAUCGAUUCAUUAAUUUAUUCAUUUAUACAUACACAUUCAUUCAUUCAUUCAGUUUGUAAUAUAAGUUCCUAGCACGAAUGUUUGCCCGUACCUGAAAAGUUAUAGUACUGAAUGCUCAGUACGUUCCCAAAUACUUGCGAAAAAAAAAAAUCUUGCAAGUGAUUCGGGUGGAAAUCGAACCCACAACCUCCAGAUAACUAGCUUGGUGUCUUAACCAUGUGACCACCAAGCUUGUGCUUCCUAGCAUUGUCAAAUAUGCUUCAACACGUUCUCAACUUGCCUUUUAUUUUUUGUGGUUUUUAGCUGUGAGACUACAGUAAAGACCACUAUAUAAAUUCUCUCAAAUAGUAUUGUUGAUUGGUUAAUAAAAUUAUUCCGGCACCAGUCUCCAAAAAGACAGUUUAUUGUGUAAACAAUAAUAUUUAAUAAAAUCUUGUUUUAUACUAACUUAAUAAACAUUUAAAUUUGUCUUUAAGAAACCAUGAGAUGUAUUUUACAAGGUAUGUAUUAUUAAUUCACAGUUUCAGGGAUCUGGUUUUACUACUAGUGCCUGUCAUUAAUAAUUGGGGCUUGAUAAUAUUGGUGAAAUCAGAACCAUGUAUUAAACGAUUCGCUUUCAGUUCUGAAACCAGCUGCUCUGCGUGGAUGCCUUUGUCGAGAGAAUUAGGCUUACAUCGUCCAAUAUCUAUGCUGCACUUUGUUUAAAUCCAUGUAGAAGCUAUAUAUUGCACUACACAAUAGAUGCUGCUGUUUUAGUGUUUCAUUAAAUAUAUUAGUUAUGUACACAAAAUUGUACAGACAACCGUAUUUUUAGCGUAAGUAAAAUCUUGUGAUUUGAAGUUCACAAUUAUAUUACCGGUAAAUGCAGGUACCGGUAUUCCACUGCACAAUAGAUGCCGCUAUUUCAGUGUUACAUUAAAAUUGCUUGUUUCGUUCACUUUCUUCACUAAUCCUUAUACAAAAUUGCAGUGCAAUUAUAUUACUGGUGAAAGUAGGUCUAUAUUACAAAUGCAGAUGAACUUUCUUACAAAUAUUCAUUGCGUAUGUCAUUUUGAUUAAUCUACAAGUUUUCGUCUGCUAUAUGUACGCUACUUGACGCGGUUGUUGCACAAUACCCGCGAGAACACAUCAAUUAAGUUAAAUGGCAGUUAAUUUAAAAAUGGUUUGUUUCAUGUACUUUACUGUAGCCAAGUACAGUAAUUUCACCUUUGGUCAGAAUUAAGACAUAGAUAUGUACAGUAGAUAAAAGCAAGUGAGGUGUUUACUAAUUUUCUGGUAAAAUAUUAUUAUUAUUGUGCUUUCGAAGGCUGUAGUAUGCUCUGAUUCAGUGGUAUGUGCAUCUAGCUGGGGAAGAAUAAAUUAUUUAUUAUUCAAUAAUUUCUUUUUUGAAGGAUCAAAUUUGCAUAAAGUUACAUAUCUUGAGCAGUGGUGGUGCAAACAGGAGGAAAUGGGGGAUUAAGCCCUCCCCUUGCUUUAUAUACUUCAUACAGAAAAUAGAAUCACUAAAAAGGCAUUGUGGAGAUGAUCAGACUAAUUUUUAUUUAUUUAUUACUAAUAUUUCAAUAGUUAUGAUAUUUUUAGAGUAGUAGUAUGUACCUUCAAGUUAUUCAAUCACGAAAGGGUCAGAGUUCAAUUGAGUUUUUAAUGAAGGCAGCCACUGGGAUUAGAUUGAAUGUAACCAAGUCUUGAUCGUCAGGAUAAACUUCUGAACCUCAAUAACGUAAUAAUAACAUGUUCAUUUCCUGCCUCCAACCUCUCACCGACAUGCAUCUUAAAAUCUCGCUAGAUAUUGUAAUUUCCAAACCAGCUGUCUAAAAUCCAUUAUAUUAAAUCUUGCAAGAUUUUAGGAACUUGAUUAUGCGGGAGAUUCUUACAAUUGAUUUAUUUAUAAGCUGGCGAAAGCUAGACAACACAGUUGAGUAUAGAUUAGUGGCAAAGGUUAAGGUUUAUUAGCAUACCUGCACUUUCUCAACUUUCAGUCUGUAGUAUGUUGGGAUGCAUCCAACAUUAUCCAAUAAAAUGUAAUCUCUUACUCAGUAGAUUUCUUCAAUUUGAUAAUAGCGCCGCCAACUGAACAAUACUCGCGUUGCUUUGUUGCCUAACAAACACAAAUGAUAACACUGUAUUUUAUGCGAAAAGCAAUUUAGAAAAGCACAAGAAAUAUUAGGAACACAUAGAAACCUUGGUGUUUGGGAUGCACAUGGCACAGUGAUAACAUAAACCUAGUUGGGGAUAAAGUCAAGGGAGUGGGCACAGGUGGUGCAGGCCCACCUAAUUUUUUAUGGAUAAAGGCAGAUUAAAUUAACUUUAAUACUGUAUAUUAAUUAAAAUUUUCUUAUAUAAAAGCAUUGAAGUACAGUACUAUAUGAAACAUCAUGUAAUUGUAACAUAUCACAUUGUUGAUAAAUACUCUAUUUGAUUAGAAUGUAUAAGAGUUAACUUGGGACUAUGCUAGACACAUAAUACCACACAUACUAGAAAUUUCACAAUACACUGUGUUUUUGAAACCUUGCCGUAUGAUCAUUUAAUUGGGUUUAAUAUCAUAGAGUUUAGUCCACACUAUAAAAUUUUAUGUGACAAAUUUAAGUGAUGUGCCCAUAUAUGGGCAUGAUGUCAUAACACACCCAAUAUAGGUGACAUUUAUUUGUCAUAUAAAAUGUUAUAGUGUGGCUUAAAGCCCUGUUUAGACUAUCAAAUUUUAUUUGACAAAAACAUGUGACAUGCCUUAAUAUGGUCAUGAUGACAUCACAUCAUGACCAUAUAUAGGCACAUCAUGUCUAUAUAUGGACAUACAACAGAUUAUUGUCACAUAAAAUUUGUAGACCAAGCAUUCCAUGUUGCUUUCAGUCUGUGGCCUGCUGUGUUUUGUCUGUGACAAUUAUAUUGUGGUUUGACUGGCUCCCUCUAGUGGUUACACCCUCUAUGGAUUGCAUAAUCUUCUAACACUUUUACUUUUUGUUUAUCCUUUGUUGUGUGACUAUUUUUGUCUUGAAGUAUGUGUGAUACGAUGAUUCAUGUCAAUUCAAAGAAACUGGAGUUUAUUAAUUUUCUCUUGUACUGUAUUUUAUAAAAAAUACUUGAUCACAAUUUACCGAAAAUGUAAAUAUUAUAUUGUAUUACAUUGUUAAUAGUUUACUAAUUUCAUUUACGAUACAUGUGAUGGUUUUGGAAGCAAUCAAUAACCACAGCAAUAAGAUGUGAAGUCCAGACCCUAAUGUACUAAUAGUUUAAAAUAAAAUAAGAGCCAAAAACAAAGUGAUUUUUUUCAGGGAACUUACGAUUUAUUUACAUUCACCCAUUCACUGUAUACAACAGAAUCCAUACAGUUUGUCAUUCUCAAAAAUGUCCCUUAUCACAACCUGUUACAUUUGUCAACAUUAUAAAAGGUGUGAAAUGGUAUCAAUAAUUUUCAAUGGAUUUGUGGUUAUUUUUUACAUUCUUCUGGUUUUAUUAUACUGCAAAUAGCCUCAGGAUUGUUUAACAUCCCUUUUACAACUUAAGUAUAAAUUUGACUUAAGUGUAAAUUUGACUUAAGUACCAUUUUAAAUUAAGUGUCAAUUACUCUGUUUAUGUCUUAAGCACUGGUUGCACUAUUUGCAGUAAAAAUGCACUUUAAUAAAAAAAAAUAUAAUAUUAUUUAAAUACAAAUUUAUGUAAGUAUAAUUAUUCUAUUGUAUUCAAUCCACUUUAUCUUUUUCUCACUAGUGUAUUCAACAAUUGUUUUUAAUUAUAUAAAUCUAUAGCUCAAUAUUACUUUUAUACUUUCUUGUCAUUUUAUGUCAUAUCAUCUUUUCAUGUGUCUUCUUCAUAUUUUGCAAUUUAAUAAUCUAUCAAAUUUAAUGCCUGAAAUAUUUCAUCAUUUGUUUUGGAUUGUUAUCACUAGCAUGUUUUUCUAAUCUAAACCUAUAUGAUUAUAAUAUCAUCUACUUAUUUAUGCAUAAUAAUUAACUGCAUAAUUAAUUCUCAUAUUUGUGCAUUUAUGUUAUUAUUAUAUUUCAUCUAUUUAAUUUCAAUUAUUUAUGUUUUGCUUUAUAUAUUCCUUUUUUCUUAACAUUGCUUGUUUAUAGUGUUAAUGAGAUGGAGAUAUCUACCGCCAUAUGCAGACGAUCACUAGCCCACUAGCCUUGAAUGGUAGCCCAGCAAAUUUUGAAAUGGAGCCUCAAUUUUGUAGCUAGUGCUGCACAAACUAUUCAACAAGACAUUUGGCUGACGCACAUAUCAAAUUCGGAGAGAUCAGGGUUCACAUAUACAGUAUUUAGAUAAAAUAUACAGUAUAUUAUAUCAUAGAAUUUAUGUUGUACUCUUAAGCGAUGAGUACUCUUUGAUUGUCUACAAAAGUAAUUUUACACUCAAAACUAAAAAUAUGUAAAUAUUUUAUAGUGUUGUGUGCAACAUUUGUAGAGAAUUUACCAAGGUUUUUUUACAGUAAGCUAAAUGGUCUUUUAUCGGUGUGUACAAGUUUGGGAGCCUAUGUGAGUUUAGGAACCUUACCUGUUGCAGACAAUAACACUUUAUCCUACAAACUAAUCGAAUAUUACACUGAUAUUAUUUAACACUUUUAGAAUUAGUACUGGUUUCACACUUCAUGGAUUCUCUGGUGUUGAGAUGCAUGUGUAUGUGAUCCUCACAUGCAACACUAACACACAUGAAAUUUAGAUGUAACUAACACAAAGGUUGAAUAUCACUAUUACCAUCUAAUACGCUGUUCAGACUAGCAUCGCUUUGCGAUCGGUUGUAGCAAGUGCGUCACCCAAUCACAAUUCACAAUCGUGUGUGAAAGCUCACCAACAGUAAUCGCAAUUGUUACUCGCUGCGAUUGGGUGCUACAAUCUUUAUUACUCCCGAUUACCACGGAAUCCGAUCACAACAAAUCACGACAGCACUGAUUGGUUGAGGUCAGUUAACCAAUCAUAACAUAACCAUUGAUUACAUCACAAUCGAUCGCAAUGGAGGGAAGUCUGAAGGGGGUAUAAGCCAUUGAGCUACUUGUGCUACUUUAUUAUUGCCAAGGUGGUACAAGGUAUGGCAUUUCAUUUCUAAACUCUCACAUGCAGGUAUAUUUGUAUAUUGCUCACUGAUGCGUGACAUCAUUUAUUUAUUCACAAAGUAAGGAUGAAAUGACAAAUUAUAUUGCUUUCCCUACUAGGCAACAAACCAAUUGUAUAAAUAAACUGUAUUGAUGUAUUAUAUUGUCUGAAAGAUUGUGAUAAUUAUGAGGUACUAUGAAAGAGAAUGUUAAGUACCUUUGAUGAUAAUGUCAUAGUGUAAAUUGUAAAAGUCUAAUUAUCUCAACUCUAGAUGGCGCUGUUUAACAAUUACUAUACUUAUGCUGUAGUAACAAAUUACAGUUGGCUUUACAUAUCAAAUUAAAUAUUCUAGAUUUUCUUGACUUCAUUGCCUUUUAAUAUCGGAGUAGUAAUCAUUAAAACAGCCUGUCUACAAUGCUAGCGAAGUGUGAGUAAAAUUAAAGCAAGUAUUUCGAUGUUGGCAAAAUUAAUAUCAAGAAAUUCAGUCUAUUGUGUCCACCAUCAAGAUUGUUGAUCUGUGCCUGUAGUGUCUAUUGAAGCGUAAAAUUGUUUAUUUUGUUUUAAGCCUUGUGAUGUCAUUUAUUGGAAAUAAUACAUUCUUGCAAUGUUAAGCACUCACUCAAGCAAUAUUUAUGUUAAAAUUUUAGCAUAAAUUCAAAGUUCAGAGUUUAAAGUUGAAGCUGCAUAGAUUUCAAAUUUUCCUUCCCUGAUUAAAUUCAAUUAAUCAUUGAUUGUACCAGUAUUGUAAA